GCCAAGAAUUCUGAUAUCGUCGCACAAUGGCCAAGAACCUGAUCCAGUCGUUCGAGUCAGGCCACGUCUUCAGCAAGCAGCAAAAGAGCGUGCUGAUUGUGUACGCCCACCACGAACCCAAAUCCUUUAAUGGCGCCCUCUUGCGGAAGGCAGUGGAGACUCUGGAAGCAGACGGCCACAGCGUGGAGGUGUCCGACCUGUACGCCAUGCACUUUGAGCCAAGGAGUGGAAGGACGGACAUCGUCGGUAGCGUCCAGGAUGAAAGUUUCUUCAAAUAUCAAGUGGAAACGAAAUCAGCAUUUGAAAAUGGCACCUUAUCCGAUGAUAUAAAAGUGGAAGUGGAGAAACUGAAACGGGCUGAUCUUGUGAUCUUCCAAUUUCCUUUAUACUGGUUCAGUUUCCCCGCAAUCAUGAAGGGCUGGAUUGAACGAAUCUUCGUCAGUGGCUUCGCCUACGGAAUGGGGAAAAUGUACAGUGAUGGGCCUCUGAAAGGUAAACGAGGCAUGUUGUCCUUUACAACCGGAGGGCCAGGGCCUGCCUUCCAUCAAGAUGGUUUGAACGGAGACAUAAACGUCCUGCUGUGGCCCCUACAGGGCGGUGCACUAAGGUUUGUUGGGCUUGAUGUCCUCGCCCCCCAAAUACACUAUGCUCCUGCGCAUGUCACUGACGAUGACCGGAAGCAGUGGCUGGAUGACUGGGCCAAACGUCUUCAUAGCAUAUUCGAGGAACCGUUUCUCAAGUUUGUGGACAGUUCCAACUUUACAAACCUGAAACUGAGAGGCGAAUAUCAUGAAGGCGAAUCUUCGAAACAGUAUGGCCCAACCGUAGGCCAAAACCUCGGCAAACCAUUCUCACCGACUGGAAUGCUGAAACCUUAGAGAAGCGUAAACGCAGCCACCACCAUACACUGUGGAUUCUCAUGUUUCUCUUUUGGGGCUACUACUUAUGAAUGUAUUGUAUUAUUUUACAAAAUGAAUCAUUGAUCAUGAAACGAUUAUUACUAUGAAUUCAAUGAACUUGUAAUAUAUACAAACGUAUUUGUUUGAAGGUCUUGUAUUUUUCUUCACAAAUCACAACAUUUUGACAGCCUCCUUAGGGUAGUAGAUAGAGGUUAUGACUGAACAGCAGAAGGUCUGUGGUUCGACCCCCUGUCGUGUAGUGGAAUGCCUCAGUCUGU